ACCAGUCACAGGCAAGCAAUGCUGAACCUAACGUGUUGCAGGGGCUGUUGACCCAGUAGGGAAAUUGACUGCAUUGAAAUUUGACAGCCUUUUCCGCAGUAAUCCAGGAGGAUGUGGACUGGAGCGAUGGCUUGCUGCGAGUGAUAGACAGACAGAUCCGUGUGGGGGCGUUGGGGACACUGCUUGAGAGCGUUUGGAUGGCAGACUGAGAAAAGAGUUUUGAGCAUUUAGAGUGGGAAAGAGCGGGCUUGGUGUCACUGAUCUCAGAGUGCCUCACUGAAUCCUCACCGUCAGCACUGUAUCCUUCUCCGAACAGGACAGCCCUGCUUGCUCAGGGAAAGAGGGUGACAGUGCACACUGAGGAGAGGGAGAUAUUGGAGGGGAGGAGAGAGUGAGGACAUCUACGAGACGUGGGGGAGGGAGACAGUGCCUGUCACUAGAGGAGUGAGGGAAUCUAUGAGAAUUGUAGAGGAGAGUGUGUGACGGCAAGGGGCACGGGGGGAUUACAUGUGCAAGCGACAAAAGAGAGUGUGUGAGAGGAUAGGUGUGAAUGAGAGGGAAUGUGGGAGAAGAGGUGUGAUUGAGAGAGAGAGUGUGGGAGGAGAGGUGUGAUUGAGAGAGGGAGUGUGGGAGAAAAGGUGUGAUUGAGAGAGGGAGUGUGGGAGGAGAAGUGUGAUUGAGAGAGUGUGAGAGGAAGGGUGUGAUUGAGAGGAGUGUGGGAGGAGAAGUGUGAUUGAGAGAGUGUGAGAGGAAGGGUGUGAUUGAGAGGAGUGUGGGAGGAGCAGUGUGAUUGAGAGAGUGUGAGAGGAGAGGUGUGAUUGAGAGAAGGGGUGUGGGAGAAGAGGUGUGAUUGAGAGGGAGUGUAGGAGGAGAGAAGGCAAAGGAGAGGAGAGGUGUGUGACCGGAGAAAGGGAAGGGAAGGCUGUGUGAAAACAGUGCACAGGGUGAGGGAAGGUCUGUGAGAGACUGGAGAGUUUUGUGUGUGGGUGUCUGUGAGAGAGAGAAGAGUGUAUGAAAGAGUGAGAGGCAGAGUGUAUAUGAGAGACAGAGACUGUGUGAGACAGUGAGUGUGCAAAGUGGAGAGUGCGCGAAGGGGAGAGUGUGAGCGGAGCAGGGAGUGUGUGUGAAGGGAGGAGCGUGUGCGAAGGGAGAGUGUGAGAAGAGCAGGGAGAGUGUGCGAAGGGGGGAGAGUGUGUGUGAAAGGCGAGGGAGGCAGUAUGGGUUUGUGAUGACUGACUGUGCAUUGAGGAUGGUGCUAACCAGAGUGACGCCAGCCAGCGGCUGCCUUGCUCUGAGCAGCCAAGGGCUGAAGGAUUGGAGUGGCACGGUAAAGCUGGCCUGGGUAGCCUGGGCUCUCUAUGGCCUCCUGCAGCUGGGGAGAGCCUCUGGGCCAGAGCUGCUAACUGUCGCUGUGGUGCUGCCUCAGAACAACACGUCGUACCCGUGGGUUUGGCAGAGAGUGGGGCCGGCUGUCCGGCUGGCACGGGAUGCCAUUAACAAAGACCCUCAGCUGCUGCCUGGGCACCGCCUGACCUAUGUCUUUGGGAAUUGCGAGGAUGAGCUGGGGACCUGCUCCGAGUCCAUCGCCCCACUGGUGGCUGUCGACCUCAAGUUUGCCAAUAACCCCAACGUCUUUGUGGGGCCCGGCUGUGUGUACACAGCGGCACCCGUGGCCCGGUUCACCGGUCACUGGAAAGUUCCCAUGCUCACGGCCGGAGCCCCGGCCUAUGGCUUCUCUUUCAGGUCGGCCAGCUACCCGCUGAUGACCAGGACUGGGCCAUCUCACGGCAAGCUGGGCGAGUAUGUGGCCCACGUCCACCAGCACUUCAACUGGACGAAGAGAGCCCUGUUCAUCUACAACGAUGAGAAGACAGACGACAGGCCGUGCUAUUUUGCUGUCGAGGGCCUGUACCAAGAGGUGCCCAAAUUCAGGAACCUCUCUGUGUUCGAUGUCCCCUUCAAAGAGAGCGCAACCAUUGACUACCACUUCUUGAUUCAGGAGAUCAGGCAGAAAGGACGCAUUGUCUACAUUUGCUGCUCUCCGGACACAUUCCGCCAGCUGAUGCUCAGCGCCAGGCGAGCAGGCCUGACCAGUGGGGACUACGCCUUCUUCCAUGUGGACGUGUUCGGGGAGAGCCUCCAGGGAGGGCAGGGACGGGAAGCCCUAUUGCCCUGGAAGCGGCAGGACCCAGAGGACCAGGAUGCCAAAGAAGCCUACAGGGCAGUGAUGAUUAUAACGCUGAGGGAGCCUGACAAUUCCGAAUACCAACAGUUCAUGCACCAUCUAAAACUCUAUGCCAAGCAGUAUUUCAAUUUCACCGUCGAGGAUACCCUGAUGAACUACGUGGCGGGAGCAUUCUAUGAUGGGAUUAUGCUGUAUGCACACGCUCUGAAUGAGACCUUAGCUGCUGGAGGGACUGCUAGAGAUGGAGUAGCCAUUACCCAACAGAUGUGGAACCGAACCUAUCAUGGGGUGACCGGGUUCCUGAAGAUGGAUGUAAAUGGUGACAGGGAGAAUGACUACUCCUUGUGGGACAUGACCGAUCCUGAUCUCGGAACGUUCCAGGUUGUGUCCCACUACAAUGGGACUCUGAAGAAGAUCCUUCCCAUUUCUGGAUUAGAGAUUCACUGGCCCGGGAACGCGGUCCCAAAAGAUGUGCCUCGCUGUGGGUUUGAGAAUGAGAACACAGCGUGUAUGAAAGGGAGGAUGUUUACCAUGCUGGAGGUGCUCGCUAUUGUCGGCAGUCUGAUCCUCCUCAUCAUCACCGUCACCUCGGUCCUCAUCUACAGGAAGUUUAAAUUGGAGAAGGAGCUGGUGAGUGAGCUGUGGCGGAUACGCUGGGAGGACAUUCAGUUCAGCAGCUUGGAGAAGAAUCUCUGGAGUAUGGGCAGCAAGCUGACCCUGUCGCUGCGUGGCUCGAACUAUGGCUUCCUGCUGACAAAUGAAGGGCAGUGCCAGGUCUAUGCCAAGACAGCGUAUUACAAGGGAAAUGUUGUGGCCAUCAAACACAUCAACCGCAAAAGGAUGGAACUCACUCGAGACGUGCUUUUCGAGCUCAAACACAUGAGAGACGUUCAGAAUGAACAUUUAACCCGUUUUAUUGGAGCCAGCAUCGAUCCUCCAAACAUCUGCAUUGUUACUGAAUACUGUACCCGCGGGAGCUUACAGGACAUUUUGGAAAAUGAGAGCAUUACCCUGGACUGGAUGUUUCGCUACUCGCUGAUCAAUGAUAUUGUGAAGGGAAUGGCUUUUUUGCACAACAGCGUCAUUGGUUGCCACGGAAACCUCAAAUCCUCCAACUGUGUGGUUGACAGUCGGUUUGUUCUGAAGAUCACAGAUUAUGGUCUGGCCAGCCUCCGAUCAACUGCAGAAUCACGCAACCAGGGUCUGAUGUAUGCAAAGAAACUCUGGACUGCACCCGAAAUCCUAAGGAUGGAGAGUCCAUCGACAAGCACUCAGAAAGGGGAUGUGUACAGCUUUGGGAUCAUCCUGCAGGAGGUAGCACUGCGUAAUGGCCCCUUCUACAUCGAGGGACGUGACCCCAGUCCCAAAGAGAUUGUGGAGAAUGUGGUGCGUAUCCAGAGGCCCCACUUUCGGCCCACCGCACGUGCAUGCGGUCAGGGGGUGGAGGAGCUGAGCACCCUGAUGCAACGAUGCUGGGCUGAAGAUGCGCUCGAGAGACCCGACUUCAACCAGAUCAAGAUCCUGCUCCGCAAAUUCAACAGGGAGAACAGCUCCAACAUUCUGGACAACCUGCUGUCGAGGAUGGAGCAGUACGCCAACAAUCUGGAGGAGCUGGUGGAGGACCGAACACAGGCCUACCUGGAAGAGAAGGGGAAAGCCGAAGCCCUGCUCUACCAGAUCCUGCCGCACUCGGUGGCUGAGCAGCUGAAGAGGGGGGAGACGGUCCAGGCUGAGGCCUUCGACAGCGUCACCAUCUAUUUCAGCGACAUUGUAGGUUUCACAGCACUGUCAGCGGAGAGCACGCCGAUGCAGGUAGUGACCUUGCUCAACGAUCUCUAUACCUGUUUUGAUGCCAUCAUUGACAACUUUGAUGUUUAUAAGGUGGAGACGAUUGGAGAUGCCUAUAUGGUGGUGUCUGGCCUUCCAGAGCGGAACGGGAAGCUACACGCCCGGGAGGUGGCUCGGAUGUCCCUCGCUCUCCUUGCUGCUGUCAAAACCUUCAAAACCCGGCACCGGCCUGACCAGCAGCUCAGGCUCAGGAUUGGGAUCCACACGGGGCCUGUGUGCGCUGGUGUGGUCGGCUUAAAGAUGCCUAGGUACUGCCUGUUUGGGGACACGGUAAACACAGCGUCCCGCAUGGAGUCCAAUGGUGAAGCCUUGAAGAUCCACAUGUCUGCAGCUACAAAGGCUGUGCUGGAGGAGUUCAGCUGCUUCGAGCUAGAUUUACGAGGAGAUAUAGAAUUGAAGGGUAAAGGCAAGAUGAGGACCUACUGGCUCCUGGGGGAACGCCCCAUCAGCACUCACGGUUGAUAUCCCAGUGCGAUCCUUCCCAUCCGUGGAACUGCCGGGCACAGCAGUAACUGCACCCACCCCCUGAACCCCAUCAGCCUCCUGCUUCCUGUCCGUACACAGCAGCAUCUCUCCACCUCUGGCAUAUUGGGAUGUCUCUGUCCGGAGUGUGGGGGAGCACAGUGUCCAGACUCUGCUGCUUCUGCCCAUUGACUGGGAUCACAGGGAGAAUCUCCCGCUCCCUUUCAACUCGAUCACACCUCUGCCUUUGCUGUGUUCUCAGUUGAGACUGUUGUCCUGUAUUGCUGAGAGGCCUGUGAUUUUAUAACCAGCUCUUCAUUGAUGUUAAAACCCAGAAUGUGUCACCGAUACUCAUCAGCUGACACAUCUCGCUCUCUCCCUGUCUCUCUCUCUCUCCCCCCGGUCUCUCUCUCUCUCUCUGUCUCUCCCCCUCUUUCUCUCCCUGUCUGUCUCUCUCUCUGUCUCUCCCCCUCUCUCUCUCCCUGUCUCUGUCUCUGUCUCUCUCUCUCUCUCUCUCUGUCUCUCCCCCUCUUUCUCUCCCUGUCUCUCUCUCUCUCUGUCUCUCCCCCUCUCUCUCUCCCUGUCUCUCUCUCUCCCUGUCUCUCCCUCUCUCUCUCCCUGUCUCUCUCUGUCUCUCUCUCUCUCUCCGCCUGUCCCUCUCUCUGUCUGUCUCUCCCCAUCUCUCUUUCUCUCUCCCUGUCUCUCUCCCUCUCCGUCUCUCCCCCUCUCUCUCUCCCGGUCUCUAUCUCUCAUGUACACAUGUGACCCCAUUGUAUCUUGUCUCCAUUUCCAUGCUUACAAAUCCCUCUCAUUUCUGUCCCUCCCCAAACUGUAUCCCACCUUCCACUCUAUCGCCUUAUCUGUUUGUCUAUCACUCACGCAUUGUCUUCCCUGUCCCUCCCUCUGUCCCCUUCCACUAUCUCCCACGAUGCCCCCCUUUCCCUGUCUCCCACAAUUCCCACCCUUUCCCUGUCUCCCACAAUUCCCCCCACCUUUUCCCUGUUUCCCACAAUUCCCCCCCACUUUUCCCUAUCUCCCACGAUGCCCCCGUUCCCCUAUCUCCCAUAAUUCCCCCCCUUUUCCCUGUCUCCCACAAUUCCCCCCACUUUUCCCUGUCUCCCACAAUUCUCCCCCUUUCCCUGUCUCCCACGAUGGUACCCCCUGCCCCGUCCUGUCUCCCACGAUGGCUCCCCCAUUCCCUGCUCCCACAAUGGCCCUCCCAUUCCCCAUCUCCCUCAAUGCCCCCCAUUCCAUGUCUCCCACGAUGUCCUCCCCUUUCCCUGCCUCCCUCAAUGCCCCCCCUUUCCCUGUCUCCCUCGAUGCUCCCCGUUCCCCAUCUCCCAUGAUCCCCCUCUGUUCCCCAUCUCACACAAAUACCCCGUUUCCCAUCUCACACAAUUGCUCCCCCAUUCCCUGUCUGCCACGAUUGCUGCCCCUUUCCUUGUCUCCCUCGAUGACCCCCAUUCCGCGUCUCCGUCAAUGCUCCCCCAUUCCCCAUCUCCCUUGAUGCCCCCCAUUCCCCAUCCCCCUUGAUGCCCCCCCCCCCAUUCCGUGUCUCCCUCGAUGCCCAUUGUAGUGGUUGUAAUGAGGUCAGCCUGUUGUAUCUGAAUCCCAUACACCCUUUUCCAGGAGCUCCCUGAUUGAGGCUGUUAGUCUGGUCCAACUAGGGAGCCCUGGCUGACAGAUAAGAACAGGAGUGUCAGAGAUGCUGACCUGCUGGUCGCUGACUGUGUUAGGGGCAGUACGAUGGUCAAUGACCGUUCAUGUGUAAAUAAAAGGUGACCUGCUGAUGGCAUAUUGGCCUCUGGAGUUAUUUCAGCCCCCACUUCCUGUCCCCCUCUCGACAUGACCCAUUUUGUAAGUGGGUCACUCACUGUCCCUCUCUCACUGACUCCAUUUCCUGUCUGCCACUCCACAGCCUCAUACUCCUCUCUGUGUUUCUGUCACUCACUCACUGGGCUCUGUCUUUUUGUCCCUCUCUCACCCUCCUGCACUAUACACAUCUCCCUAUCUCUCUCUCUCUGUCUCUCUUUCUCUGCAAUUUGUAUUUUUGAGUGACCUGUGACCUGUUUGAUGGAAGGUUCCAAGUUAGUGGCAUUUGAUUCCUGCAGACUAUUCCAGUCGUGAGGUUUUGCCAAUGGGCCAGUGACUAGUAUAACCUGCUACCUGACAGUGACUAUGUUCGACUGGCUUGGAAACGUCCGCAGGCCAGGCAAGGCACUAUGCGAAUGAAAGCCCUUCUCGCCCAGCCUUUGCCCUCAGCCUUACCAGCUUGCACUGGCUCACUGCCACAUCACUGUCUUCACCUCGACUGUUCUUGGGAGGUCUGGGGGUGGCAUGUGUCACCUGUUUGUGUGGCAAAGGGGUGGGGGCUGGGGAGACAAGGUGAGCCAGAGCGUAAAGGGAAGGUUGUUAUGUGACACCUGAGGGAAACAUGAGCUUCGACCCUGUAGUGAUCGGGACCAGCGUACCCUCGUUCAGUACGACAACCUUUGAUUGAGGUUGUCAGCCUGGACCAAUUGGCUGAGCAAUACAACCAGGCGAUUGGAAUCUCCUCAGCCCGGGGGGCCUGAUUCUGAGCUGGCUGGCCACAGUGUACCAGUAAAUAAAGGGUGACUUGGUGAUGGGAUAGCAGCCUCUGUGCUGUUAUUUCAGAUCCCCUUCUGAUAGCUCGAAUAGACACGCUGUGUCCUGGGAGGGUAUAACAGAUAGUAUCGGAUCCAUGUUAACGACAAUGAUGAGUUUGGAUGCAUUAAACAGAAGGAAGCAUAUUCACCACUUUCCAAAGCUGUAUUCUGAUUGUUUCCGCCUGAGUUCGCAGAUGGAGAAACAUCAGCUUCUUAUCAGCACACUAGUUGCUUUCCAGCAAUGCCUACACACCAAUGGAUCCAUCAGAUUCUACAGCACAGAAACAGAUCCUUCGGCCCAACCAGUCCAUGCUAGACAUAAUCCCAAACUAAACUAGCCCCACCUGCUUGCUCCUGGCCCAUAUCCCUUCAACCCUUUCUUAUUCACGUACUUAUCCAAAUAUUUUUUAAACGCUGUAACGGUACCCACAUCCACCACUUCCUCAGGAACCCCAUUCCACACACAAGCAAUUCUUUGUGUAAAAAAAGUCUGCCCCCCCAUGCCUUUUUUUAAAAACCUUUUUCCUCUCACCUUAAAAAUAUGCCAUCUGAGUCUUGGACUCCCCCACCCUGCCAUUCCCCUUAUCUAUACCCCUUAUGAUUUUAUACACCUCUACAAGGUCACCUGUCAAACAACGACACCAGUGAAAGAGGUCCCAGCCUAUCCAACAUCUUGUACGCCAGAGCUGCCAUUCUAAUCAAUAUCCUGGUAAAUCUCUUGUGAGCCCUCUCCAGCUCAAUAAUGUAGCCUCCCUGUUACAGGGAGGACAGCUAUGGUACGGAGCUGGAGCAACACAGCUGGUCUGGCAGCACCAGUGCAGCAGGAAACUCGAGUCCUGAUGAACGGUCAAAACAGUGACCUCCCU